AUGUACAAGGAAGAUAUUAGAAAUGGAUUUGAAAUUGAAGAUGAAUAUGAAGAUGUACUAGAUUGCAAUGGUUGUGGCAAUGAAAUUGGAAGAGGUGGGUUCAGAUGUUGUGUAGAAUAUUGCGGUUUUCGUCUUCACGAAUUUUGUGCAUCUUUACCCAAAGAGAUGAAAGACUAUCCAAAACACCCACAACAUUCUUUAAUCCUCCACACAAACUCACCUUAUCCCAACUCUGGUUACGGUUGUGAUGUUUGCAGAACUUACUACCCUUCAGUGACGCAAUUUUGUUAUCACUGUGCGGUUUGCAAGGAUCCAAUAAUUGAGACGUUCGAAGAAGAUCAAAUAAAUGACAAAUUGAUCCAAUUUCCAUUGCCUUCUAGUGAGGCAGUACAGAACACGCUAGCCCAAUUUAUUAAAAAUAUAUCUCAAUGGAAGGAUGCCGAAGAUCAAAAUGGAGAUAUAUUAAAUCACCCUAGCCAUGAUCAUCCACUUACACUUGAGUUUGAUUUACGCAAAUUUACAAACUUUAACUAUAGCAGGACAAGUACACGUAGACGUGAAUAUGAAGUCUGCAAUGGGUGCAUGCUUCCUCUAUUGAAUGAUGCUCCCUUUUAUAGUUGCAACGAGUCCACAUGCAAAUUCGAUUUACACAAAUGGUGUGCUAAAUUGCCGCGUGAGUUAAAGCAUCCGGGUCACACAGACACAGGACACAUACUAAUCCUACAAGAAAAGAUGGAUCCUGGAUUAUUAGGCAUCUUUGUAUGCCAAGGUUGUCAAAUGACAGGGAAUGGGUUUGCCUACAAAUGCAAUGAAUGCGAAGAAUACUACUUGGACGUUAAAUGCGCUGCCCUUCCUAGACUAGUCAAUUACGAGACUCACAAACACCCUCUCAUUCUUAAGUAUGGGAGAUCCAUCGGAGGUUGCAUCUCAUGUGGUCUUAGCAAUUUCUUUGAAGAGGACAAAAGUAUGUAUAUCUCUGCCAUCUCAUCGUUUCGUCACACCUACUUCACAUUUGGUUGUGAUGCUUGUAAUUUUAGCAUUCAUCCCAAAUGUUUGAUAUUGCCUCGAGAAAUUGUAUAUUGGUACGACAAACAUGGAUUCAAAUUGAUAGAUCCAAUUCAUGUUUUCAUGAGUAAUUAUGAUCAAGGUGCAUCAACAUACCACUGUGAAUUUUGUGAGAGGGAAGUACAUUCAGAAAGUUGGAUGUACAACUGUUUUGAAUGUGACCAGUGUGUUGAUGCUGAUUGUGUGCGAGAAUUGUUUGGUUUAUUUCCGGAUCGUUUCAAGAUUGGCGGACAAUAUCAUUCUCCGCGUCACAAACAUCCCCUAACAAGCAUUAUGCCUGACCUUCAAUUUGUUUGUAACCGUUGCAAUGAAUCACCGUGUCAAGUAUUUGGAAUUGGAAUUGGCUAUGAAUGUAGAGAAUGCAAAAUUGUAUUUUGUAUAACAUGUGCUUUUUAA